AUGACUGCCUUCCCACCACACCACACUACCAACCCAUGGCCUGCUGAGCCUUCCAGAUGUGGACCAGCCAGCAGCCAGGAGUCUCGUGUCCACCGUACCCCGGACCCCUCAGGUCCACCGCACCCCGGGCCCCUCAGGGUUACCGCACCCCGGACCCCAGGCCCACCGCAUCCCCCGGACGCCAGGUCCUCCGUACCCCCGGGCCUCUCAGGGUCACCGUACCCCGGACCCUUCAGGUCCACCGUAACCCGGACCCCUCAGAGUCACCACACCCCGGACCCCCAGGUCCACCGCACCCCGGGCCCCUCAGGGUCACCGCACCCCCGGACCCCUCAGGGUCACCGCACCCCCGGGUCCCAAGGUCCACCGCACCCCCGGGAACCCAGGUCCACCGCACCCCCGGGAACCCAGGUCCACCGCACCCCCAGGUCCCCAGGUCCACCGCACCCCGGGCCCCUCCGCGUCACCACACCCCUGGACCCCUCAGGGUCACCGCACCCCCCGGGCCCCCAGGUCCACCGCACCCCGGACCCCUCAGGGUCACCACACCCCGGACCCCAGGUCCACCGCACCCCGGGCCCCUCAGGGUCACCGCACCUCCGGACCCCUCAGGGUCACCGCACCCCCGGGACCCCAGGUCCACCGCACCCCCGGGACCCCAGGUCCACCGCACCCCCAGGUCCCCAGGUCCACCGCACCCCGGACCCCAGGUCCACCGCACCCCGGACCCCAGGUCCACCGCACCCCGGACCCCAGGUCCACCGCACCCCGGACCCCUCAGGGUCACCACACCCCGGACCCCAGGUCCACCGCACCCCGGGCCCCUCAGGGUCACCGCACCUCCGGACCCCUCAGGGUCACCGCACCCCCGGGACCCCAGGUCCACCGCACCCCCGGGACCCCAGGUCCACCGCACCCCCCAGGUCCCCAGGUCCACCGCACCCCGGACCCCAGGUCCACCGCACCCCGGACCCCAGGUCCACCGCACCCCGGACCCCAGGUCCACCGCACCCCGGACCCCUCAGGGUCACCACACCCCGGACCCCAGGUCCACCGCACCCCGGGCCCCUCAGGGUCACCGCACCUCCGGACCCCUCAGGGUCACCGCACCCCGGGCCCCCUCAGGGUCACCGCACCCCCCGGGCCCCCAGGUCCACCGCACCCCCCGAGGCCCCGCGCUCACCGUACUGCCGGGACUCGGGGUCGGGCUGGAAGGUGAAGUGA